AUGGCGACCAUCAUAGAAACUCAGAAUCGUGCAGCAAGUGUUGAUCUAGAGGAUCAACAAUUCGAGAGCCAAGUCCAGGCUCUCCUGGCCCGAAUUCGAGGCAUUGAGUCUCCGGCCAUCAAAUUGGACUCGGAGAGAUCUGCCAGCACUAUUCCUGGCAUUUUGUCCCAAUACUCCGAUGCACUAAAGGAAGCACACAAGACGGCUGAGGGUGAGGCAUUGGAUCACGUCCGCGAGAAAGUGGUGGACAAGAAGAGUUUUGGUGGACUAGGUCUGGUUGACGCUACUCCUGCUACACCGGCCCAGUAUGCGGAAGUUCUCUUCUUAGUCGAUGCCUGGCUGGAGGCCAUCAAUUCAAAAGAGAGGGCCAAGAGUUUCUUAUCCUAUCGGUCUUCUCCUGCCGAGGGGACAGGGCCGAUGACUUUGGCACAGAAGAUAUUUGCGCAGCAUGUGGUGGGAGAAAGGCCGAGCAGGGGUGUAAAGGCCGGUGAUGUGGUCAGAGUUGGUGUCGACUGGAUUCUGGCGUCAGAACUGUCCUGGACCAGCAUGGCCAGGACCCACAAGGAGCUGGGUUCUCCGGGCAUCUGGCGGAAUGACCGUUUCUGGCUGGCUGGAGACCAUGUCGUCCAUCCGGCUGUUGCUCAAGUCCCCCAAAUCAAAGCCAUGGUGGACGUAUCGGAAAAGGCCAAAACAGAGUUCAAAAUGACUGAAUACCAAGGAAUGAAUUACACCAUCAUGCAUACGGAGUUUGUUCGUGAGCGUAUUGAACCGGGAAUGCUGGCCAUUGGGGCCGACUCUCACACUUGUUCCGGCGGAGCAGUGGGUUGCUUGUCCAUUGGCCUGGGUACAGCGGAUGUCAUGCUGUCUCUGGCCCUCGGCGAGACGUGGUUCAAGAUCCCCGAAUCGAUUCUCAUCGAGUUUGUCGGCGAGCCUACCUUGGGUAUGUCUGGAAAGGACGUAAUCCUCCAUAUCUUGGGUGAGUUGAAGCGCAAUACCGUCGCGGCGGAAAGGAUCGUAGAAUUCAGCGGCGAGGGUCUGAAGUAUUUGUCGUGUGAUGCCAGGUUUGCCAUCUCGAAUAUGUGCACCGAGUUUGGCGCGAUCACAGGAAUCUUCGUACCUGAUCGCAUUACGCGCGACUACAUUGCGCGACGACGCCGGAAGGCUAACCGAAUGAGUUCACUCUACUUCAGACCGGAUCCCGAUGCAGAAUAUGUUGGAAGGUAUAUUAUUGAUCUGUCCAAAGUCGAAUCGUCCAUUGCCGUCUACCCCAACCCGGACGAUGUGGUGCCGGUUUCUGAGAAAGUAGGUAAAAAGCUCGACGGCGUCUUCAUUGGGGCUUGUACAACCACCGAAGAAGAAUUGGUCCUUGCAGCGCUGGUUCUGAAGGUCGGACUGGAUAAGAAGUUGCCCAAGGCCAAGGGCAAAAGACAUUAUGUGCCUGGUUCAUUGCCCAUCGUGGAGAAAUUAAAGAACCUUCAAUUGCUCGAAAUAUACGAAGCCGCCGGCUUCACUCGUGGUCCCCCUGGCUGCUCGUACUGCGUCGGUCUCUCAGCUGAGAAGGCCAAUGAGGGUGAAACCUGGCUGAGCUCGCAGAAUCGGAACUUCAAAAACCGGAUGGGAAAGGGAGCCUUUGGCGAUGUCACCUCGGCGAUUGUCUGCGCAGCUUCGAGUUUCAGCAUGACUAUCACCAGUCCAACAGAAUUCCUGAAGGAACUGGAUGUGGAAUUUUUCAGGCGCUAUCGUCCUCUUCCGGACAUGAAUCUGCCCCCAAUUGACUAUGUUGAGCCUGACUUAGCUACGAGCCCGACGCAGGGACAAAAGGGGGGCGUUUCCAUUACCAAUAUGGGCGACACGAACGGCCAAGCAGCGCGAAGCCUUGACAAAAUAAGCAGCAAAAUUGUGACGCUGGGCGACUUUAUUGACACAGAUGCGCUGGCGCCAGGGUCCACUCUGACGACCUGCGUGACGGAUGUAGAAUUUGGUGAGCAUGUUCUCGAGCAUACCCAUCCUGACUUCCGAGCCAAAGUACGAGGUGGACAACAAGUUGUUGUUGCCGGCCACGCGUUUGGCGUCGGGUCGAGUCGCGAGGUGGCAGUCUCCGCAUUGAAAGAUGAAGGUGUCGGUGUACAGGCCGUAAUAGCUCGCUCAUUCGCUUUUAUCUACGGUCGCAAUCAGCCCAGCCUUGGUCUUGUCGGAGUGACGAUGACAGAUGAUGCCUUCUUUGGAGCGGCCAGAGAAGGCGAGGACAUCACUCUCGAUUUCCCCAGCCGAACCAUCCAUGUCGCCGGCCAGACCUUCCCAUUUCAACUGUCAGAGAUGGAAUAUCAUUUGACGCUGAAUAAUGGAAUUGCGGAGUCGUUUCGAAAGUAUGGGAAGCGGAUCUGGGAGAAUUUCACUAAAGGCACGGCACGCGAAAAGUCAAUUGCGAAAGCAUUGGAAGAGGGGGCGGAGACGAAGAGAGACAGUAAGAUGGAGUGGUAG